CGCACUGACAGGUCACAAGCACAACAAGCCCCUUCACAUUUCAUCGCCUUCUCUGUGUCUUCACUCUGCGAAGUGCGGAUCAACUCGUAGAAUUUCUUCUCCAAAGUUCCCACAUUUACUCUUGUUUUCCCUAAUUUCACCUGCAACCCUAAAUCUAUUUGCUUUGAGGAUUCGCCGCUCUGAAUCGAUUAAGAAAUGCCCAUCUUCUCAGAGGCUGCGAGCGCUCUCAGGAGCCGGUUUAGGUUUCAAGAACCCUCGGAUUCGGAGUCUGUUCAGAGUACUCCUGUUGUGUUCAAAUCUCAACCCAAAGAGAACAACUUCUUGCUACAGUCUUCGGCGAGCCGAAGUAUUUGUGAAAGGGAUGAUCAUGGAGUUAGCGACCAGAGCUUCGAGUUUCAGGAAGAUCCAUUCUUUUGGAAGGAUCACAAUGUGCAGGUCAUCAUCCGUAUACGUCCGCUCAACAACUCUGAAAUAUCCCUCCAAGGCUACAACAAAUGUGUCAGUCAGGACAGUUGUCAAACAGUUACCUGGACUGGGCAUCCAGAGUCUCGUUUUACCUUUGAUCUUGUCGCUGACGAAAAUGUUAGCCAGGAGAAGUUGUUCAAAGUGGCUGGAUUGCCCAUGGUAGAUAAUUGUAUGGGAGGCUACAACAGUUGCAUGUUUGCAUAUGGUCAAACUGGUAGCGGCAAAACUCAUACAAUGCUGGGAGACAUUGAAGGUGGCACUCGAAGACAUAGUGUUAAUUGUGGGAUGACACCUAGAGUCUUUGAAUCUCUAUUUUCAAGGAUCCAGAAGGAAAAAGAGUCUCGUAGAGAAGAGAAGCUGAGAUUUACAUGUAAAUGCUCAUUUUUGGAAAUUUAUAAUGAACAAAUUCUAGAUCUUUUGGAUCCAUCCUCUGUCAAUUUGCAGAUUAGAGAAGACGCUAAGAGAGGUGUUUAUGUGGAGAAUCUCAAAGAAGUAGAGGUCACAAGUGCUCGAGAUGUUAUUCAGCAACUUGUUCAGGGAGCAGCGAACAGAAAGGUGGCUGCCACUAACAUGAAUCAUGCAAGCAGCCGUUCUCAUAGUGUUUUCACUUGUGUCAUUGAAAGUAAGUGGGAAUCCCAAGGUGUAACUCAUCACAGAUUUUCUCGGCUAAAUCUUGUAGAUCUGGCAGGAUCAGAGAGGCAGAAGAGUUCAGGUGCUGAAGGCGAACGUCUCAAGGAAGCCACUAACAUCAACAAGUCACUUUCAACAUUAGGACUAGUGAUCAUGAACCUUGUCAGUAUUUCUAAUGGGAAGUCGCUUCAUGUUCCCUAUCGCGAUUCAAAGCUUACAUUUUUGCUUCAGGAUUCACUGGGAGGGAAUUCGAAAACAGUUAUAAUUGCAAAUAUAACUCCAUCUAGUUGCUGUUCGUUGGAGACACUAAGCACACUAAAAUUUGCUCAACGUGCGAAGUUCAUCAAGAACAAUGCAAUUGUAAACGAAGAUGCUUCUGGAGAUGUUCUUGCCAUGCGUAUGCAGAUUCAGCAACUCAAGAAAGAAGUGAACCAUCUACGUGGUUUAGUCCAUGGAGGGGCUGAGAACCAGGAAAAUGAUAACUGGACUGUCUGCUUCCCAGGAUCCCCAGGCUCUUUUAAGUGGGAAGGGCUUGGGCUUCAGGGGUCACUUAGUCCACUUACAUCUGACAAAAGAGGAUCUCAGAAAAGAGAAUAUGAAACAGCACUUGUUGGAGCUUUUAAGAGGGAAAAGGAUAAAGAAAUUGCAUUGCAAGCAUUGGCUGCCGAAACUCAGGCCGCUAUGCAGCUGGCAAAACAAAGAGAAGACGAGAUACAGAGUUUAAAAAUGAGGCUUCGUUUCCGUGAAGCAGGGAUAAAGAGGUUGGAGGCAGUUGCUUCAGGUAAGAUAUUAGCUGAGACACACCUUUUGCAAGAAAAGGAGGAGCAUCUAAGGGAGAUAGAAGUUCUUCGCACCCAAGUGGACCGAAACCAAGAAGUGACAAGAUUUGCCAUGGAAAAUCUGCAGCUAAAAGAAGAAGUUAGAAGGUUAAAAUUGUUUGUGGAAGAUGGAGAAAGAGAGACGAUGAAUGAACAAAUCAUGCUAUUACAGAAUAAGUUACUGGAAGCAUUAGAUUGGAAACUUAUGCAUGGAGCAGAUUCUCGGACAGAUCAGAAUGGAAGCUUAAAUCUGGAUGCUGCUGCAAGCAGCGAGGCGAAUCUGAUGAUUUCCAGUCAAGAGCCACCAUCACCUUGGCAUUCUUCCAUGAGUGAGGAGAAUGAAUUCCUUCGUAUGCAGGCCAUUCAAAACCAGAGUGAAAUGGAUGCACUUCGUAAGAAACUAACCACUUGCCUUGAAGAGAAAGAAAAUUUGGAGAGGCGUGUGAAUGAUUUGGAAAGAGAGCUAGAGGAAGAGAGAGCAGCUUCCAGAGCCAUGAAACAAGAAGGAUCAAAGGAGCAACAACUGCAAGCUGAUCCACCUCUUUCUUCUGCCAUGAUUGGCCAAAGGUCCAACAUCGCUUUGGACGAUCAAAUGGAGCUUAAAACCAUGGUUGAUGCAAUUGCUGCUGCAAGCCAACGAGAAGCACAAGCUCAUGAAUCAGCUAUUUUGUUGGCAAAAGAGAACGAAGAAUUGCGCAUGAAGCUAAAAGUCCUACUUGAGGAUAACAAUAAACUGAUUGAAUUGUAUGAACGUGCUGUGGCAGAAACUAAAGUUCAUGAUAAAAGUUCCACUACUUCUUCUGACGAGAAGGAAGUCGAGAGGACAAAUGAGAUUGUGAACCUAGCGCACCAGCUUCAUGAAAUGCAGGAGGAAAAUGAAAAGCUAAUGGGUUUGUACGAGAAAGCCAUGCAGGAGAAGGAUGACCUUAAGAGAAUGCUUUCCCAAGAUAAUAUUUUGGCUGCCUCUUCUGAAGAGAAGGAAGUGGAGAGGACAAAAGAGAUUGAGAACCUAGAACAUAAGCUUCUUGAAACGCACAAGGAAAAUGAAAUGCUAAUGGGUUUGUAUGAGAAAUCCAUUCAGGAGAAGGAAGUGGAGAGGACAAAAGAGAUUGUGAACCUAGCGCACCAGCUUCAUGAAAUGCAGGAGGAAAAUGAAAAGCUAAUGGGUUUGUACGAGAAAGCCAUGCAGGAGAAGGAAAUGGAGAGGACAAAAGAGAUUGAGAACCUAGACCAUAAGCUUCUUGAAACGCACAAGGAAAAUGAAAUGCUAAUGGGUUUGUAUGAGAAAUCCAUUCAGGAGAAGGAAGUGGAGAGGACAACAGAGAUUGUGAACCUAGCGCACCAGCUUCAUGAAAUGCAGGAGGAAAAUGAAAAGCUGAUGGGUUUGUACAAGAAAGCCAUGCAGGAGAAGGAUGACCUUAAGAGAAUGCUUUCCCAAGACAAUAUUUUGGCUGCCUCUUCUGAAGAGAAGGAAGUGGAGAGGACAAAAGAGACUGAGAACCUAGAACAUAAGCUUCUUGAAACUCACAGGGAAAAUGAAAUGCUAAUGGGUUUGUAUGAGAAAUCCAUUCAGGAGAAGGAAGUGGAGAGGACAAAAGAGAUUGUGAACCUAGCGCACCAGCUUCAUGAAAUGCAGGAGGAAAAUGAAAAGCUAAUGGGUUUGUACAAGAAAGCCAUGCAGGAGAAGGAUGACCUUAAGAGAAUGCUUUCCCAAGACAAUAUUUUGGCUGCCUCUUCUGAAGAGAAGGAAGUGGAGAGGACAAAAGAGAUUGAGAACCUAGAACAUAAGCUUCUUGAAACGCACCAGGAAAAUGAAAUGCUAAUGGGUUUGUAUGAGAAAUCCAUUCAGGAGAAGGAAGUGGAGAGGACAAAAGAGAUUGUGAACCUAGCGCACCAGCUUCAUGAAAUGCAUGAGGAAAAUGAAAAGCUAAUGGGUAUGUAUGAGAAAGCCAUGCAGGAGAAGGAUGAACAUAAGAGAAUGCUCUCCCAAAUUUUCAGAGUGAACAGUGAAAUGGAUAACCUUUCAAGAGAAAUUGAAGCUGCAGAGAAUGGUAUUAAGGUCAAGGAGGAAGAGGUUACAGGCCUCAAAUUACUCUCUUCUGAAAUUCAAGAAAGGAGAAUUGUUAUGGAUAACAAAUUCUUGGCUCUGAAAUCUUUUCUUCAUCGUUUUCAUUCAUCUUUUGGUUACUGGGUACAACGAGAAGCUCAAGCUAGGUCAACUGUUAAUGCUUCCUCCUCUUAUGUAGAUCAAAAGAAAAAGGAGCUCGCCUAUCUUCAAUCUCAAAAAGAUGAAAUUGAGGCUGCUCAGAGGAAGGUUCAGCAGUGUGAUGCUGACAUAAGAAGCAAAAUCAUCUGCCUGAAGUCAAAAGUGGAGGAGGAAAACCGAAGACAAGAGGCAGAGAAGGUACUAGUUGCAAUAGAUAAUGUAGCUAUAAAAGAAGCUACUCAGAGAAAUUGGCAAUUUGCAGUCAAAGCUACUGAGUUGCUCAAGUCUGAGGAAGAGCUAACCAAGCUGCAAGCUGAGUUGAAGCAAUCACAAGAAAAGUUAGGUGUCAUACAAAAGGAAAUUGAAAAUUUGAGGAGUAGUUCUGGGAAGUUGGAGAGAAAGAUGCAAACUGUUGAAGAAGAGGUACAGACUGGUUUAUGCAAAUUGGAAAAGAUGGAGCUUAAGUUUCAGAAAGUAUCUCAAGAGAAGGAAAUACUUUUGGAUACUAUUGAGAACAAGAAUAGUGAGUUUGAACAUAUGAUUCUGGAAUACCAGCAGUGCAUAUUUGAAUCAGAGUUGAAGAAGGAAGAGAUGAAGGAAAUGGAAGAAGAGCUACAAAGAGAGAUUAGAAUCCUAGAGGUGCUAAGAGCAGCUAAGGUGGAGGCAACCCAAAAGAAGACCGAAUUGUUGGAUAAUGCCACUGAGUAUGUCAGACGCAUACAACCAGCCAAUACCUGAAGAAGAUACGUAAC